AUGUGCGAGGUGGGGUGGCAGGAUGAGAAGGAGCUGGAGGACCAGAGCGGGGACCCCCAGGAGGAGGAGGAAGAAGAGCUUCUGGAUCCUUUAACUACUGUCACGGAGCAUUGUGAACAGAUUGAGAAAUGUGUGAAAGCUCGGGAACUUUUAGAGGAGUGUAAUGCUCGAUUGUCAUCGAAGUCCCAUACAGAGGAGAAGUGUACAGAGGAACUCUUUGACUUCUUGCAUGCUAGAGACCAUUGUUUGGCUCAUAAACCCUUCAGCAAAUUGAAAUAA